AUGGCGGAUCAAGAAAUCCAAAUCCAUCAAACAACAUUACUCAAAGAGAUUACUGUCGAAUUCAAUCCAGAAGCAUGUCCUCAUAAAAUGGAAGCAGAAACAAACGAGAUAACUGUAGUUUACGACGAAAGAGAUGGUUCAGCUUGGAGAUCAAAAGGCGAAUACCAAUACGGUACAUUUGGAGCUAAAAUAAAAUGCCCCAGUGGUGAUACAACUGGUUUGUGUUUCACUUUCGAUCUUUCUUCUACUACACCUACAGAAUUUGAGCCUAUACAUUCGAUAAGCUUUUAUUUUCUAGGUGAUAAUAAGAACAUUAUUCUAACUAGUGCAAAUAGUACCGGGAAUGAAGAUAACGGAGAGCAAAAACAUGGAUUAGGGUUUGAUUAUAGUGAAGGGUUUCAUGAUUAUGAAAUGAAAUGGAGUAAAGAUUUUAUUGAAUGGUCAGUUGAUGGUGAAGUUAUUAGAAGAAAUGAGAGACAAGAGGGAAAAGAGUUUAUUAAGAAACCAAUGUCUUUAAGUGGUUCAGUUUGGGAUGCUAGUAUGGUUAAAGAUGGGGAAUGGGCUGGGGAUUAUGAUGGUGUUGAUGCACCUUAUGUUUGUGUCUGGAAUGAUGUUUGUGUCCCGUUGCUAACUGAAGUGGCUGUGGUGGUGACUCCGGUGGAGGAGGAUCCUGAAGAUGAGGAAUCUGUGAAGGUUGAUUUUAGGAGUUUCUUCUAA